AUACUAGUGGAUGUAUAUAACUUGAGGGUGUCUCAUUUGGCACACUGGUCACACAAACACUCCAAACAAAAUUGGGAUCAGUAGAAGGUUUCCAUGGGCAGGAUGCAAACAGAGUGAAUGCAAUUAGAGGCGAGGGUGAAUUCUUACGCUCUCACACAUCCAAUCCCUUUUUCUCUUCUCACUUUCUUUGGACAGAGGCAGAAAUUCAGUCAGAGUAAAAACUCAUUCAUUGCUCUUUGGCAGCGACCUCUCAUCCCCACCUUGAGUGGGCUUAUUGUCGGCUUUGGAUUUUUCUAUAAAACAGACUUGUUCUCUACACUCGCUCCUUCCCAUGUCCUUAAGUCACAUACUUCAACGUUGAACUCUGCCUUGACCCAGCACAAACUACAUUUCCCUCAUCUACAUCACUUCUACGCCAGCUCCUCUGAGUCAAUAUCUAGCCUGUCCCAUUAUCACUAUCUAACACUAACUUGCAUUCACUUCUUCUGGCUCCUCGAGUAUUAGAAUUCAAGAUCUGUGCUUGCCUUACACCUAUAUCACGAUGGGUGAGAAAGUAAGAAAUGCAUAUGCUGGUGGCUAUAGCGAUACUAUCAAGAGACAGCUUGAGAGGGUGGUAAUCCCCGACAGGUUCGACGGCUCCUUCAUUAUCUAGCUGAA